UAAUAUUGACCAAGGAGUAGGUAACAAAUAGUGAAUAGUUGAAUACCUAUUUAUGUUUGUGGGUGUGUUGUAUUCAGUUUUCUUAGUUUGAAGUAAAUUUUUGGUGACAAUUUGUUUAUUUUUAUUAAAAGAAAUCCUGCGUCAUGGCGGAGUUAGCAGCCUUACUUCAAACAGACAUACCUGAGGGGCGCAACCAUCUCACAGACAGUCAUACAAACCUCGAGAGAGUUGCAGAAUACUGUGAAGCUAACUACUUUCAGUCCGAAAACAAGAGAUUAGCUUUAGACAGUACCAAGAACUACACAACACAGUCGCUAGCAAGUGUUGCAUAUCAAAUAAAUACUCUCGCAUAUAAUUUCUUGCAACUAUUAGAGCUACAAACUAUGCAGUUAGCUGAAAUGGAAGGUCAGAUGAACCACAUUGCACAAACCGUAGCUAUCCAUAAAGAAAAAGUUGCAAGACGGGAGAUAGGUGUUCUGACUGCUAAUAAAGUCACCAAUAGACAGUAUAAAAUUAUUGCACCAGCCAAUCCAGAGAAACCUAUAAAGUAUGUACGGAAGAGUAUUGAUUAUACAGCCUUGGAUGAUAUCGGUCAUGGUGCUCGUUGGAGUGGCUCGGGUGGGUCUGGUACACCUCGCGGUCGUCGCUCCGGGUCCGCUCCCAACCCUCUGCCUGCGCCAACAACCAAACCACCCACACCACCAGCUGUACGAUCAACCAACGCAGCAAACACUGGAACACUAGGAAGGGGAACUCUGGGCAAGUCUUCCCGCGAGUACCGCACGCCCCCGGCCGUCGCUCCCCCUCAGGUUCCUUCUCACUAUGCGCCAAACUACCCCCGGGCUGCGCGACCCCCGGGAUACUCCGCUCUCCCGGUGCAACCACAGGUGGGUAUGGUGCACCCCAACCAGCAUCAAUCUCCAUCCAACUAUUCACAACAAGACCUACACUCCAGUAUGCCACCUCCACCGAGCCCUUUGAUUGGUUCAGACGGUGAAAACAGCCAACAUUCCAUGGUGCUGCCGGGACAUAGGGCGUCAUCGUCGUCGGCGUCGGGCUCCGCUCGCGGCGGGUCCGUGUCCCCGCCCCUGCCUCCGCCGCCGCUCGAGGACGAACUACACGACGCAUUCGGAGCGAGACACAUGCAGGCUAAAAUGGGUGGCCAGUACUCGAGUGCUGUGCCGACCAUAGUACCAGACGAGGAAGACCUCCCGGGGUGGGUCCCCAAGAAUUAUAUUGAGAAAGUGGUGGCGAUAUACGACUACUACGCGGACAAAGACGACGAGCUGUCGUUCCAGGAGAGUGCCGUCAUCUACGUCCUGAAGAAGAACGACGACGGCUGGUGGGAGGGAGUCAUGGACGGAGUCACCGGCCUCUUCCCCGGGAACUACGUCGAGCCAUGCGUCUAGCGAUCACACUAUACAGCAUGCACAGAGCGCUUUACGUUUACAUUGUAGGAGACGUGUGUGCAUCGCGGUUUAAUAUUAUAGGAUACGUGCUUGUACACCGUGCUUUAUAUAUAGAUUGUAGGAUAAGUGUGUAGUACACAGUAGGAUACAUGGUGUACACCGCGCUUUACGUAUACAUACAUUGUAGGAUACGUGCUUGUACACUGCGCUUUACAUGUACACAAUAGGAUCCGUGUGUGUACACCGCGCUUUACAUAUACAUUGUAGGACACGUGCUUGUACACAAUAGGAUACGUGUGUGUACAUCGCGGUUUAAUAUUAGAGGAUGCGUGCUUGAAAUAUACAAUGUACGAAACGAGCGUGUACACCGCGGCUUAAUAUAUUACGUGGGAUUAAGGAUUCUAAAUUCUUUUCUAUAUUUAAAAUUUGUAGUCCGGUCAAUUUAGACCAAAAAAUGAGGGUGAAGUUACAUAAAGUCCCAACAAGCUGAAUUUCUGUGAAGUUGUUCAAAACAUAAUUAUAAACAAUGUCUCCAAGUUCCCCAUCAUUCCCGUUUAAGGAAAAAAUUUUAUUCAAGGUCAAACGUCAAAAAAAUGAGUUUUUCGCGAUUUUCAGCAAAACGGUAAGUUUUAUCAUAAAAGUACAUCAGACAAAAAUUGUAGAUCAUAAAAUUAUCUAUAAAAAAUGUAUCAAUACUUUUUUUCUUACGAGCCACCGUUUCUGAGAUAUAACGAUUCAAAAAGUUAUAAAAGUUGUUAUCGUCAUAAUAUGCAUGAGUACGCCACGUAUAUAUGUACAUCUAGAGUUGUUAUAUUUUAUAUAUAUAUAUAUAUAUAUAUAUAUAUAUAUAUAUAUAUAUUAUAUAUUAAAUGUUUAAAUAUUUUUCUAUCGGUCAUUGUAACUUAUACUUACAUCGAUAUGCAUGUUUUGUUAAAAAUACUAAAAAUAAAAAACAAGUUCAAUUAGCUUGUCUUCCUCCAACCUCAGUUGCUGCUCACCAACAUCUUUUUCGAGUAUAUUACCAAGUUCAAGUGUGGCUUGGUAAUCAGCUAGACCCUACAGACUGGGGUUGGAAGUUGGUCAACAAUAUAUUAGAGCCAGUUCAAACUUUACUUCCACCUGCGCCGGAAAAACUGCUGAACACUAUUUUUUGCAACUGCAAAAAGGGAUGCAGUGCUAAAUGUGGUUGCAAAAAAGUCGGACUGUUUUGUUCUUUGGCAUGCACAAAUUGUCAAGGCCGGUCGUGCUCUAAUAUUGAAACACAAACAAUGGAGGAUUCGUUUGACUCCGACGAAGUAUCAUGCGAUACAUCGCUAUUGGCGCAAUUUACUUGCAUCCAAAAUGAAGAUGAAGAAGAAGCAGGAGGAGAAGAACAAGAAGAAGAUCAAGAAGAAGAACAAGAAUUCGAAACUUAUGAAUAAGACAAAUAAACUUCAACACUUUUAUUUAAUUUACAUCGCUUUUAUCUUUAACAAACUUUGAAAAUUUCCGUUAUUUUGCAAUAGUUUUACAUUAAACAGGAUCACAACUGAUCCGUGGAGUAGGCGUACUGGGGAAACCACGUUAAAAAAAACGUGAUAAGUACACUACCUCAUAGGUGGCGUGGAAACGUGUGCAUAUUAUGACUAUAACAACUUUUAUAACUUUUUGAAUCGUUAUAGCUCAGAAACGGUGGCUCGUAAGAAAAAAAGUAUUGAUACAUUUUUUAUAGAUAAUUUUAUGAUCUACAAUUUUUGUCUGAUGUACUUUUAUGAUAAAACUUACCGUUUUGCUGAAAAUCGCGAAAAACUUAUUUUUUUGACUUUUGACCUUGAAUAAAAUUUUUUCCUUAAACGGGAAUGAUGGGGAACUUGGAGAUAUUGUUUAUAAUUAUGUUUUAAACAACUUCACAGAAAUUCAGCUUGUUGGGACUUUAUGUAACUUCGAAUGUCUAAAUUGACCGGACUAUUGUUGCAUAUAAUAACUUAGUGAUAACGACAGCCUCCGGGUCAACAACUUAUCGCAAUUACCUUAAAAAAUAAUAAACCUCUUUAAUUCAUCAACGGAUAAAUGUAUUUCAAUUUUCCGGACUUCAUUUUUACUGUUUAAACCGGGGGUCCCCAAACUUGUUUGGUCUACUGUCCACUCUGAGAAUAAUUUAUUUUCACCGCCCCAUUUUUUCACAUACUGAAAAUCAAGUGUAACUUAUCACCUAUGAGGUUAAAAAACACCACGAAGCUUCCUGUUUUUAUCUAAUGUCUAUUUAUUAUGACAUUGAAUAAAUAGCAUAUUGUUAUUCGUUGUUAUAGUUUCCUCAGGAAUGACUGUAGGCGCAUUUUUUUUUUUCUAAUAUAAUAAAUUAAUAUUAUAGUAAAGUUGAAUGAAACCUUAGAGUGCAAAAUAAAUGGCUGGAAUAAUGAGAAUGGACGACACAGAGUUUAUUAAUUCCGCACGUAUAAAGUAUUUUAUAGAUCGAAGCGGAAUUGUGAGAAAAAAUAUUUGUGGUAAUGGUUUUAAACCGAUAUGUAUUAUAGUUUGUGACAGCCGUUUGAAAAACAUUUUCGUCAUUCAAUCACACUGGUUCAGAUUAUUAGAGAAAAUAUAUGUUGGAAUCUUUACCUCUUUGUGUUGAAAGUGAAGUAUGUACCUCGUUACUACUUAAUAUUCUUGACAGCUGCAUACAUAUAUGAAGUCACAUAUUAUUUCUAUGACCGCAUACAAAAACCUGACUCAUAGUUUUAAACAAAAAAAAGAUCACUUCUGUGUGUGUGUGUGUGUGUGUGUGUGUGCGCCAGGAGGGUCCUGUAUUAGACUGAAGCUUGUAGGAUGGAGGUUUCUAUUAUUUCGUCAAAGUUAAAUUUCCUAAUGUAUCUAACAGUAUGAUAAUUAAUAAGUAUAUUCCCUUAUAUAACUUGUUUAUUUUUUUUUGUUUUAGCUUUAUUAUGAAUUACUGCAUUAUAUGUAGGGAAAGCGGAGCUGAAAGUGCCGUUUUGACCAAUAUUUCUUUGUUCGAUCGAAAAAAUCGGUUGUGCCUUGUGCCGUUGAUAAUGCGAGGUGUUUUAGAUAACUGAAAAUUAAUUUCAAAUGUAAGAUUUGAAUUUGAUAUUUGUUCUUUUUACUGUAAACCAACCUUGUUAGUACAUAGUAGGUAUUGCAAUAAAAAAAUUAGACUUUAAGAAAUCAAAACUAGCUAUUCCCUGUUCUUAGGACGAAGCAUUUUUCUCUGGAGAGUCUGUAAGAACAGGUGUCUUUCUUUUACGUCCUUCAUUAUGUCCAAUUGAGCAGGUUCUUUGGGCAGUAGUCUAAUUAACUCUAGUGAGAAAAUUGGGAGAGAACUUGAAAGAUUUUAUAAGGUGAAGAUGUAAAAAUUGUAAGCUCAGUGGUUUUUCGUCGUCUGUUGCUGCCAGAUUAUCUUAAAGGAGGUAAAGGCUGUAACUCCUUUGGCAAAAAUAUAUUCUAAUAGAUGUAGAGACGAACUAUUGAAUAAACCAGACUCAGUAUUGGCGCUCCUGCUUGUGGGUUAGCUGGGUGAUGUCCACCGCGCUGAGAUGUUUCGCGUAUGUGAGUUGUAUCUAUUCAGACGGACAGCACCGAGAGGAGCAGUUUUGAUCAGCAGUGUAUUUUCCCAUUUUGGCGGAAUAAAUGUCCUACUUGCACGUUAGUGCAAGGUUAGGUAAGUUAGGUGUUAACCUAUUACACAAGUAAUCGUUGAUCCACGUUCUGCUGACGCUACAGCUCCGAUUUAUAUUUUGUCUUCGAGUGAUAGUAUCCGGAAUGUGUGAUAUCACCACUGAUAUGCCAGUUUCGUCCAUGUCAUGUACAUUUGUUGCAAGAUACUAGAUUUUGUUAAGAGAGCUCUCCAAUAAGCAAAAAAAUUCGUUUACAUUUUCUUGGUUGAAUCCUUUCAUUCUAGUGAUUUACGUGUCCGUUGGACGGCGAGAGCAUAGGGGAGUAUGUUGCUUGAGGAAUAACCUAAACCGUUUUCUUCCCGAAUAUUCGUUGUGUUGUUAGUUUAUUUUUUCCUUCUAGCUGGUAUGCCAUAGAAUUUAUGGCAUAGAUGUGAUGGCCCUGCGUGUAAGACCAAAUACAAUUUUUUUCAAUCCCUCCAAUACAAUCACACAAAAAUAAUCAAAUAAUUCCUUUAUCUUAACUCUUAUGAAGUCUUAGAGUUUUAAAUUUAGGACGAUAUUUUUAAAAGCGAGUAGCCACGGACAUAAGUAAUUAUGAUGGACAAAUUAAAGAAACUUGUCUAUACGAAAAUAUUACCUUACGUAACGAUCGUAUAUCUAACUCUUUCUGCUAUCCAGAUUUACCCGGCGGCACUUUCAACCCCGCUCUCCCCAACAUCUUCAUUGUCAAUGUAUUCCUUAUUAGUGUAUUUCUAGUAGUUUUUUUUAGUAAUUAUAAAUAUCUCCUUUCCUAAACUAGUAGCAAUAAUAGUAGUAGCUAAUAGUAUUUAAUUUUAAAAUGUGAAUAUCUGAUAUAAUCUGAUGACUGUAUAGUUUCAUUAAAUAAAUUGUUAGAAAUA